AACUUGUAAAAAAGAAAGAUCCGAGGUCCGAAAAGAUCAUUUUUCUCUUUUCAAAGGCACGCGGGGGUUCGCCGAUCGCCGAUCUGCAUUCUUUGUGUACCGGCUUAAUCACGACUAGCAACUCGUUCUUUAGAAGCUUCUAGAGACAAAAGAAGACUUUUUCAGCAAGAUGGGUCGCAAGAAAUUGUCGCAAUGCAAGUCGCAGCGCGGCUUCCAGAGGAAGAACCAGGAGGAGCGAAGGUGGACAAGGAAGGAAAAGGCGAUGUUGCUGUUGGGCAUCCAUCUUUACGGCACGGAAAACGAAGAGUUUCUGCAGCAGUUUGUGCCUCAAAGGAGCGAAACCGAGUUGCUCAACUUUCUGCAGAUGCACAAGCUGGACGGCAUGUGGAAGCCGAAGAACCCCGAGGCCGAACCACCCAUCGACCUGUGGCUUAAGAACAUGGGUGCCAAUGCCAACGAUGACGACGAUGACACCAACGACGACACCAACGGCUGCCUUAGUGAUGAUAACUCGUCGAUGGUAAUCAGCGAGGUGUUAAAGAUGAUUGCUGUUUGCGAAAGGCACCCUCGGCCUGAAGAUAUUUUGGGGAUCAAUUUCAAGGAGAUCUACAACUACUUGGGCACCAUCUUCGAUGGCACUCACCCCAGAGGGAUCUCUUUUCCAUCAGCCAUGUUCAUUAACAGGUGCUGCCUUCGGCUGGCCCAUAUGACCAUCAACCCUACCAACAAAAAGCAGUGCAUUGUCACAGAGUACCUCAACAAAGUCAGCCCCUCUGCCAAAGACAUGGAUGUCAAAGUCUCCUAUAGCAAUGCACCAUUUAAGGCUCCUGCUGAGGGCAGCAUCAAUGCAGACAAGGAUCUGAACCCUUUAAAGGUGCCUUGCAAAAUGUUGAUGCUUGCACCAAAAGAUGCUGCCCGGUUCUCUGGUAACUGGCAGGAGAUGAGAAAUUGGCAGGCCUUCAUGUUGCCCCCAGAGGCAGUGGCCAAUCCUGAGUUUCCUGUGUCUCAGACCGAAGCAGUUCAAUCUGGUUGAUGACACGGAGGAGAAUGGUUGUUGGUAGUAAUUUAUGCUGAGUUAUUGACAUUGAAAAUUCAGGUGUGCAGGAAGAUUAAUUUUUGGAUAAUUCUAAUGGGUUAUUAAAGAUAAACUUCAUCAAUGAUUCAAAUUACCUUCAGCAAAUUAGUUGAGCCUAACCGGAAAAAUAUUUUUCUGAUUGCUUGAAAAUGAUUCUUUUUUACAUGUAAAGACGACCUGAACAAAAAUUUCAUUAAAGCCUUUUUCCUAAACUAAAUAUGAUUGUUGCAACUUAAGCAAUUUCUAGCCCACAUAAAUCUCAAGAUUAUAUGUGUAAUUUUGAGACGAGUGUCUUUGUUUUCUCUCUAAUGACAAGAUAAUACCUAUCUUCAGAAACAACUUUUCUCGUCAAAGGUCAAUACAACUUAAAGACACCUACAGGCUGAAAAUUGAAUAUACUAUAAUGAAAAUCUCAAUUCAGUUUUCAUCUUUGACGCGAUUUUUGCAAACCCAUUCCAUUAAUGUAUUUUUUAAAAGAGGAAACAAUGAGGACAGCGAGCUUUUUAGGCGGCUCAAUGUUAAAAAUUUCCGCUUAAUAAGCUCUCGCGGCUGCUCUACAGUUCAUGCCCAAAUUCAAUUUACCAAGCACGCUUCAACAUUUUGCAGCCCUUAAAACUUUUGCUGUGAAAAAGCGCUUAUUAUCAACACCAAUACAAUGUUUGCUUUUGCGGUCUCGCGUAUUAUUAUAAUGCGUGCUGCGGUCAGUCGUACUUUCGCAGCGUGUGAAUUAUUUAUCAGGCGAGCAUUUGUGACCGCGCACAUUAAAAUAAUGAAAUGCGCUUGUAGAAAAAAAAUGAACCUUUGAGUUAGUAAAAUUUCAUUGCCAGCAAAAUUGGGAAAUAAUUUGAACUUUGUCUCAUUGUCAAAAUUGCGAGACCGCCUCAACUCCGGAGGUCUUUUGCUGCAUCGCAUCUGCUUUUUUUUAUUUUUAAAAUCUAAAAUGUUGUUCUCCUCUUUUGAUAUAUUCAAUUAAAAAAAAAAAACUAAUUUAUGUAAUACCAUUUUCUGCUUGAGUCAAUUUUAAAAUUGUCAAUAAAUUAUAAUGCUUGGAGAACAAUUUAAUUUAUUAUCCACCCGGGUGUGGUAAUGAAAUGCCUCUUGAAAUGGGGUUUUACGAUAAAAGCGCGCUUAAAGCAAACUAAGUCAAACCACACUGCGCAGCAUGAAUAUGAUGAUUCAAUUACUCCGGCGUGCACAUAAUCCACAGCUUGUUUCGAAACGGAGUUUGCCUCUCUAAAAUAAUUAACACCUAUUUACUUAUUCAGGACGCGCAGCUCCCAGUUAAUGCAGCUAAUCAAAGUCUUGGGUGAUGCUCAAUGUCUAUAUAUGUGUGCAAGCAGGUUCAUGCCUGUGAAUGAUAAUAUGAUGGGAAGACGAACGGGGCCCUCGCAGCUCUGUUUAUUUUUCUUCCUAUCUCGACUGUCAUUAACUUUGCAAGCACUGCCGGAAAUAUCUCAGAAGAGCAGCGACGAAGUCAAAUAUUGAAAAUACGUCGAUUUUUAUGAAUUUUCAGAAGUCGCGGCACAAUAUUCAGGUUGAAGAGAAUUUUAAGGAUUUAAUGUGGAAAUCCAGAACGGAAACUUUUUAUUAAUGACCGAAUGUCUUAUCAACAAGCAAAGUUCUUGUGCACAGUAAUGAUUAUUUUUUAAUCUCCCCAAGCUUUUAUUACAGAAAUCUGCGUCAAUCUGAAUCAAGCAGUGACGAGGAAGAAUUUGAGAAUAUCCUGCAGGAAAACAAGGAUAAACUGGAAAAAGAAAUAAUUUUUUCAAAAUUAAAUGGGUUCUCUAAAACUAAAAAAAAUCAUAUUGAGAUUGCCGAAGAAUUAUUAAAACGAGAAGUGUUGAAUUACAACAACAUUUUGGCUCUUCAAAAUUCAUCUUUUU